AACGGAAUUGUGGUUAGGGAAUUCCGGGGAUUCCCCAAUAUUUUUUUAGAUUUGCCCUGUGCAAUUUUUCUAAGUGAUAAGCACGUACUUGCAGAAUAUCUAAUUGUGUUUCAUCAGAAAGUCGAUUGUUAAAUUUUCAGUGCAGGGUAGUGUCGUUUUUAGUGUCUCAUUUCACUUUAAUCAGUGUGGUCGAUCGUGAAAAAAUUUGAUUUACCUCUUGCUUUCCUAACAUUGGAUUAAACCAAAAGUAUUAAAAUGACUGAACAAAAAACAAGCAAGCUUGAUACAAAAUUAGAAAUAGUUGAGGCAAUCUUGGCUAAGCUAUACAUCAAUGGGAGUGUAAAGGAAGGACGGCUCCAAAAAAAAGUUUUAUAUAAGAUGACCAAUGAUUAUAUACGUAUUAAGAAGAUUGCGCAUUUUACGCACAAAGAUAUGUCUGGGGCAAUGUUACAACAUGGUUUUUGCUACUACAUGGAAAAAGAACAGGCUCACAAGUCCAAAUUUUUCAAUGUCAACACUGCUGCUAUUGGAAAACUGGCAGAAAAGUAUCCACGUAAUAAUUUUCUGGAUGAGUCACCAGAAGUGAGCGAAGGAGAAAAUUGCGAAGAAUUUGAUUUUACUGUAAAAUAUGUUCUGACCACCGAGCUAAAGCAAAAUCAGACUUUUGUAUUCUCUGAUAAAAGUUGCAUAGUCUGCAUGGAAACUUUUGACGAUCAAAGGAUGUUUGAAUGUCAUAUGAAGAGGCACGGAAAGGAAUUCCUUGUUAGGAAAACACAUAACUCGUGGCCACAAAUGAUAAACCUGAAGGCAGUUUUUCAGCAAGAAGAGGGAAAAUUCGUAUUCGAGAUUAAGUCUCAUGAAGAUGACGAAGACGAAGAGAUUACCAUUACUCGAAUCUUUUUGGUUCUUUCUGAGGAUAAUGAUUUUCACGAAGUGAAAAUUUACCCACAAGGAAAUUCUGUGAAAUUUGAUAUACACUGUGAUAUAUUUUCAACUGAGAAUCAUCCUUAUUCGAUUCUGGUAUUAUUCACCCUUAACAGGACGAUAUCACUUGUGACACAGUAUCAUUUUAAGCUGAAUAAAUUACUGUGCUCCAAUGACAUUGAUGAUGAUGCAAUAAAGGAAAGGAAUAAGUCGAACAUUCCUAAGCACAUUAAGAGAAUGGUUUUUGAGCAAUUGCCCUCAUACUAUCCGUCCAAAGAGAUGAAGUCGUUGAGUAAGAAGAAAUUCGCUGAAAAUAAUUUGACGCAAGUAGAAAAAUCUUUGCUAAGUGUAAUUAGUGAUUUAUUGAAAGAUGGCAUAAGACAAAAGACUUAUGUAUCAUUCUGGAAGACUCUUAUCGAGAUGGAGGAUUGUGCAGCAGAAGAACAGUAUGCAAAAAUCACUAAAACGCACCAAAAGCUAAAAUUUAGCCAGGGUUUCUAUAUCCUUUCUAUUCCAAAUUUGUCUGAGUUAACUCCUGCAAUUGUGGAAUGGACCAAAAUAACAAUUGCCCCCUCUGACCAGCCCAAGAAAAAAGUCAUCGGACGGGUAUAUCAAGUCAGGAAAAAUGAUGUUGUGCUAGAUAUUGAGGAGCAUUUGAACUUGAAAGCAUUGUACAAUGUUCGUUUUCUUACAAAUCGUUUGACGAUUCAAUUGGAGAGGGAGGCACUUCAGUACGUAGCAUUACAUAAAAUUUCAUCCUUCUUCUUCCCUGCCAUUCUGCCGAACCAUCAUUUUGAGCAAUAUGAGUUUGAAUGGAUCAAUGAGAGUGUGAAGACGAAUCCUGAGCAACAAAGUGCUAUUAUCAAUAUAGUUGGCAAAGCAUCCUUUCCAGCACCUUACAUCUUGAUGGGACCUCCAGGCACAGGAAAAACUACCACAAUUGUCGAGGCAAUUUGUCAAAUCUUGCGACAAAACCCUUACACUAAUAUCCUCGUAUCAGCAAGUUCUAAUUAUGCUUGCAAUGUUAUUACUCAUCGACUUCUAAAGCAUCUGCCUGAGACCUCGAUAUUUCGGAUGUUUGCAGGAUCUAAAGAGGCAGAAUUUGACUCUAUUGAUCAUGAGUUGGUGAAAAUCUCAAAUUUAAGAUUCGGCAGCCACUAUUAUCCACAUUUGGACGAAUUAACUCAAUACAAUGUUGUCCUCACAACACUUUCUGUCGCUGGAAGAUUUGCUCAGGCUAAGAUAAGCUGUGCGUACUUUUCGUAUGUAUUCAUUGAUGAGUCUGGCAGCAGCACAGAACCAUCAACAUUAGUUCCUAUUGCUGGUGUUAUAUCAUCUAAAAAUAACAUUCAUGGUCAGAUAAUCCUAGCAGGUGAUCCAAAGCAGCUUGGACCAAUUGUGAUAUCCGAUACAGCUAUGCCACAUUUGGGUGUAUCCCUACUUGAGCGUCUUAUUGACACCGGGAUUUACGCUAGGGAUCCAAAUACGAGGAAGUACAAUCCUCGUGCAAUAACCAAACUGAUUCGGAAUUUUCGGUCACAUCCUAAAAUUCUAGAAUUCCCAAAUAAAAAAUUCUAUUCUGGCGAACUUUUGGCUAAAGGAAGUCCGGAUGUGACACAUUGGGCUUGUAACUGGAAAUAUCUACCCAACCAAUCAAUACCUAUUUUGUUUGAGCAUGUUUUUGGUGAAUCGGAGCAAGAUGAUAAUUCUUCCAGUUGGUACAAUAAGCGUGAAGUCAAACGUGUUAUUUUCUACAUAAGAAAGAUCAUGAGAGAAAGGAAAGCAUUUGGCAGAGAGAUUGAGCAAAAGGAUAUUGGAGUAAUUACUCCAUAUAAAAAACAAUGCCAAAAGAUAAUGAUUGAAUGUAAAAGGAAGAAUUGGGUGGAUAUUGAUGUGGGUUCUGUGGAGAAAUUCCAGGGUCAAGAGAAACCUGUUAUAAUUCUCUCGACUGUUCGAUCAUUGACACGUGGUGUGGGCUUUUUGAAUAAUCCCAAACGUCUCAAUGUUGCUCUCACACGAGCACAAGCUCUUCUCAUAGUUAUAGGAAACGUUGAUACCCUUCAAAUGGAUCCUAUGUGGAACGAAUUUAUUGGUUUUUGCAAAAACAAUAAACUUAUGAAGCAGAUUGAGGAGGAGAAUGAAGCUGUUAAAGUUAAGGGUCAAGUCGGCAAAGCCCGGCGUGCUAAGAAAGCAAAGACUCCUGAUAAGGUAAUGCAACCAUCGAAACAAAUGAAAGAUUUACCAUUUUUGCCAGAUGUACCUAAAGAUACUACCCGUCAGAGUAGUGAAUCUGACAACUUUAUAAAUGUUAGGCACAAUUUGGUGCCUCACUCUAUCAAUUUGACCAAUAUGAAUUCUGUUGGAGAAUUGAGAGGAGUACCUUCUAUUGAGAGGCCUUCAUCAUUGUCUAGAAGUCCCAUGGGAAGCAGUUCACAUGGAAAUGACUCUGCUACUACUUUUAGGCCCUCUGUUACCCGUCAGAGUAAUGGUUCUGGCAAUCUUAAAAAUGAUAUGCACAAUGUGCUGCCUCUCUCUGAGAGGAAUUCUAAAGAAGUGCCUAUGGCAAGUUCCACUGAGAGGACUACCCCGCUAUUUUCUGGGAAUUCCAUGGAAAGUGUUGCAAAUAGGAAUUCCGAUUUUCCUACUACACUCAGGUUCAUUAGACCUGAUGGAUUCAAUCCUAGUUACGGAUCUAAUAUAAGUUCGAGAUAUGUCUCAAAUGCAGCAUAUCGUUCUCAAAGUAACCCAACAAUCCACCGUAAGCUCAAAAAGGAAUCUACUUGUGUAAUAAUGUAGUUCAUGAUCUUUUUGUACUUACAAAUUCAAAAGUAAAGCGUGAAAUCGAGUGAAUUUCCCCAUGGAAGAAUGACUCUCAAAUUUUAGUCACAGUAGAUAAAAAUAACCUAAGGCAGAUUUGGAAAGGUCAUUUUAUUGUGAUUCUUUUAAACCAUUUCUUUGCUUUAUUCCGAUGGCUGGUUAGUAAACUCGCGAACCUUCUUCUUAAUUCCCCUCAUCAGGUUUUUGACAAUCAUCAAAUGAGGUUUAGCUAUAUGGCUUAACUCUAUUUUUUUAUCAAUUGCGAAUUUUUGGAAAAAAUUAACUUAGGAUUGGAUUAUUAAGGACAAAUGACCUAUUAGGCUUUCAAAAAGCAAUAAAAUUACUCGCAAUUUAAGAUUUUGAGACAUUCGGGAACUGGGCUAAACCUUAGCGUAGUGGCUUAAUGCUAGAUCUGGCCAAAACAAUGGUGGAACAUCAUGGCUUCGAUAGAGCGGCAGAAGACGUUUCGAGACAUUCUUCGAUGUAAAUCUCUUUGUUCAUGAUCCCAGUCAUGAAAAAUUCUUGACUUCAAAGACCACACGAGCAAAUUGCCAUCCAUACCAAGUACUUUUUUCGGGAACUUGGUGUAGUUCUUAUAUCGAUACUUGAUGUGUACACGUACACCUGUGCGAGUCUUUGCCGUAGUAUUGUUGUCCAGGCAAUUGGUGGAAGUCGACUUUCACGAUAGUUUCGUUGUCCAUUAAAACACAUCUUUCAAAACCUUUAAGAAGGUGAUCAUUCAGCUUUAUGGACCUUGUUUUGGCGGACUGUCGUUGCUUAUCUGUACGAUGAGGUGCAGGUUGGGCUUUAUAAGUCACUAAAUGACUAAAUUAUUCUUCUUCUUAAUUUUAUGAACUAUAGUAUAGGUAAUGUGAAAUACCCGUCUUUUUGGCCACAUCUCGGAGGGUAGAGAAGGGUUCCUCUUAAAGUACCCCAGCACCCUUUUCCUCAUGUCGCGGUCUUGAAUUCCAGGGGCUUCCAACCACCAGCUUGCUUUCGGGCAAUCGUCUUUGUAUCCUUGAAUCGCAAUACUACCUUUCGGACUGUUGAGCGCGACUUUGUGGUGAGUUUUCCUAUUUCCGCAUAAGUCGCAUUUGGAUUUUGUAGGUAAAUGUCAACUAUCUGUUGUCGGAUUCUCUCCAUCUUCUUGAGAUAUCUCAACCAAAAGUCAAUAUUUUUAAACGAGAGUGGUAUCAAAAUAAAACUAAUGAAAUGCACUAAAAAUGACAACUGAUAAACAAAAAGUAAACAAUAAUUGAAACUAUCAAAAUCAUAUCAAGUAUUGGGAAAAUUCAAAUGAUUCCACGCUUUAAGUUUAGGCGUCUAUCAUUAAAAAUAAGCAAAAAACAAGUUAAAAUGAAUUUGUUAUUCAUCUAUGAAAAAAAUUAAAUGUGUGAUGGUUAAUUUGAAUUAAAAUGAUAAAAGUUCUAUAUUUACACAUAUUACAUAUUUUUAUUAUUCAACAUGUUAAUGUAUCUUGGAAAGUUUAAUAAAGUUGGUGUUGGAUUAAAUUAAA